AUGGACAGGGGCCACGCGACGCGUCUCCCCUCCUCUCACCUCACAGACGGUCUCACAUCAACUGUUGCCGAAAAGGUGUCCCAGUGCCUCCUUGAUCCGGAGGUCGUUUUCGGGUUCUUAUCCCAGAUUCAUCAAGACGCGAUCGAAGGCAUUCCUCAGAAAAACGCUGCCGUAGUCGCCAAUGCCGUGGCUGCUGCUCUACUCAUUCACGCAAAGCCAGAAACAUGGCGACCCAGGCCAGUUAUUGAGAGCGAGUUUGGAAAGGGAUCACCCGAGGAACGAAGCGCAGUGAAGGGUGAGGACAUCGCUUAA